GCUAGUCGAACGAAACAUCCAUGUUAUCGCGGCAAUGUGCUGAAAAUUGAUUUGUAUACGCUAUAUUUCCUCCUCUACUUAAAAUAUAGGAGUGAUUUUAUACAAGAAAUAAUAAUAUCAUCAUAAAAACCUUGAAUUAUUACCAGCCCUGGAUAAAGUACGAUAUUCGGUAGAUGAUUUUCUAGACAUUUAAGUUGAAUUGAUUAGAAAUUUGUGAUUCACAGUUAAAAUAAAUUUUAUACAGUGGUAAAUGAGAAGUUAUUGUCCAAGUGUAGAGAUAAAACUUGUCGACGUUAUUUAUUUACGUGUCAAUACUAAACUACAGCACGAAAAUGUAAACAUUCCAUUGAAAUGACAUUGCACUCGAUUAAUGUGUGAUAAUAAGUGAUCAUUUUCUCAAGAAAAAUGAUAAGCUCAACAUUUCCGCUACUCUUAAUCCUACUCAUAAUCUUAUAUUACCUUAAAGAAAGCUGGGGAAUGGUAAUCCAUUUCGGACCAUGUUUAAUAGUGUUUGGGGACCACAUGUGUCCUGACUCAAGAAUAUCCUACUAUUUAUUUACAAGGAAAAAUCCUAUCGAACCUCAGAAGAUUGUUAUUUAUGAAAGAUGGGAUAACAUUUCUUUAUCAAAUUACAAUGUAUCAAAUCCAACCAAGAUUUUAAUCCACGGAUACAACGGGAACAUGUUUCUUGAACCUUUGCUAGAAAUUAAAACAGAGUACCUGAAACAGGCAGACUACAACAUCUGGGUGGUUAACUGGCCGUCGCUGUGCGAGAGUCCAUGCUACCCAAUGGCAGCGUUCAACACACGACACGCGGGCGCAUGCGUGGCGCAGUUCAUUGGGCGCAUACAGCGUCUGCACCCUGCGCCCGAUCUGCAUGUCAUCGGCUUCAGUCUGGGUGCACAUGUCGCCGCGUUUGCCGCCGUGCAUCUCAGGCCCUACAAGUUGCCGCGUAUCACAGGUCUGGAUCCUGCUAUGCCAUUUUUCAUGACAAGUAAUAAAGACCAUAAGCUGGACGCUAGUGAUGCGAGGUUUGUUGACAUUCUGCACACCAACGCAUUCGUGCAAGGAAAACCAGACAGGUGCGGGCAUGUCGACUUCUACAUGAAUGGAGGAAUCAAUCAACCUGGCUGCUUCCAAGAAGGCAAUCCGAUCGGCUGUGACCACCACAGAUCUCUGCGGUACUUUUCAGAGAGUAUCCGAUCUGAGCAGGGCUUCUGGGGGUGGCCGUGCGACGGAAUGCUCGCCUACCUGGAGAACAGGUGUCCGCCCCGGGGAGAGCCCUGUCUCAUGGGGGCACAUGCUUCUCCUAAGUCUCGAGGAUAUCAGCUAGUGUUCACAUCAGCCGAGAAGCCGUUCGCUUUGGGAAGGUGGUCGGGUGUGCAAACCAACCGCACAAGAUGGCAGAGGCUGGUUAGGCGACGGGGCGGUCGCAACGAAAUCGAAACCUACAUUGUUUGAUUGUUUGAUUGUUUGUCACUUCAGCACUAGUUCAAUGGGAAGCGUUCAUGUUUAGUUAUUUGUAGGGAAUGCUGAUUUUUUGAAAUGAAUGUUUUGAAAUGAAGGGAGUUCCACUUAGUGAGCAUUGGGUGUUGUAGGCCUAUCAGAAGUAUUUGAUAAUAUUUACAAGAAAGGUCUAACUCACAUCGCAACGCACGAAUUGCAUGACGGCGACGAGAGCAGGAGAAUUUUGAAGCCGUGUUUAAGGGCCAACCACAUGAGGCGUUUUUCAAACGAAUCGGCAGGGCAGAAAGCUCUCCGAUUUGCUGAUUGGGUUGGCGUUCGGGAAUCAGCUGAUAAUCAUCCAAUCUGAGAGCUUUCUGCCCUGCCGACUUGUCUGAAAAACGCCUCAUGUGUCCUGGCCCUAAAUGAUUGCUGCAUAAGAAUAGGGAUGGUAAUGAAAAUGUAACAUUGACAAAAGUAUAAUAAUUAGAUUACUAUAAUUUGAAGUUUAGGAAGUGAGAGAGUGCUGUUUAGGAAGGGCAUGGGAGUGCUGGGGAAAGAGCAGUCCUGGUUCUCAUCCUACUUGAAGGGAAGAGAACAAUAUGUGGAAUUGGAGAGGAUUGAUGUGACCUCUUCAAUCAACUAUAAAAUGAAGUAUCUCUCUGAGCUCAAAAGUCUUCAUUACGGCGUCCCGCAAGGUUCCAUAUUAGACCCUUUACUGUUUCUAUGUCACAUUAAGGGGUUACCUGAGGUGAUCCGAGGACAGGCAUCUGUUUGUCUUUAUGCGGACGAUGCCAACAUUAUUUUUACGGGUAAUACAGUACAGGAUGUGGAGAAAUCAUCAGCCCAGGGUCUAACAGCAAUCAAUAAAUUUCUGAACAGCCAAAAUCUCUUCCUAAAUCCCAAUAAGUCAGUAGUAUUACCUUUCUCAACUAGGCAGAGCAGAGGUGUUUCAAGUCCAAACAUUAUACUAAACUAGCUCACCCGGCGAACUUCGUACCGCCAAAAAGUCAAUGUAUCUCAUGUCACACUAGAUUUUGUUUGGUGAAUAAUGAAAUUUAUCUGUCACUCAAUAUUUUCAUUUACAUCUCAAUACGGACUUUAUAUGUGCUUAGUCAUGCAGCAUUUUAUUAUUCCGAAAACAUAUUCUUCUCAAUCAAUUAGUAGUAAUUGACCGAGCGAAGUGAGGUCUAAAGCUGCGUACACAUAUACGCGCUUCCAACCCGCACCGAUCACGCUCCGCCCUCGUACUGCCUCGUUCCUCCAUCGUACCGCAGUCGCUCCGCCCCCGUUCUGCAGUCGCACCCAUCACGAACGUUACGGAAGAUGUUAGAUCUUCUCGCGUUCCCCGGUCGAACCACUCUUGCUCCCCGGUCGAUCAUCAAUUGCUCUGCUGGAGUGACGUUCGGUUGCGGAGCAGAGCGAAAGUCUGUACACACCUUUAGAUUCAAGUCGACGGUUUGGCAUUUCUCUUAAUGUUUGAAUGUUUAUAUGUUGCGCAUUUACGGCGAAACGCGGCAAUAGAUUUUCAUGAAAUUUGACAGGUAUGUUCCUUUUUUAAUUGCGCGUCGACGUAAAUAAAAGGUUUUUAGAAAUUUUGCAUUUCAAGGAUAAUAUAAAAGGAAAGAGGAGCCUCCUUCAUACGCCAAUAUAAGAGUAAAAAUCAGACUAUGGAAUUAUUCAUCAUAAAUCAGCUGACAAGUGAUUACACAGAUGUGUAGAGAAGCCAGUCUAUUGCUGUAUUUCCAUAAGGUCUAUAGUUUCAAUCAGGUACUUGUGGAUGAGAAUACUGCGUGACCUCUACUGUUCACAGAACUACUAGUAUAGAUAAUUAUCUAACUCAAAAUUAAAUAAUUUACUAAAAAUAAAUUAAUUCUGAUACCGAAGACAGCACAAUUAUUUGAAAACAAAGCUAUGUUUUCAACCUGAGGCCGCACUGCUGGAUGUUUACACACAGAACAGUCAUUUCGUUUUUAGUCGGGGCGUUUAGAAUAAAAUACAUGUGCGGUUAUGGAGCAGCACUUGUCUACUAUCUAUCGAAGGCUGUUGGAUGAAGCAAUGAUUAUAACAGCUGAUUUUUAUUCCUGUGUGUGGCCAGCUCACGAAUCUUCUCCCAUAAAGGUGCGUACAGACUUACGAUCUGCUCCGCAAUCGAACGUCACUCGAACAGAUCGAUAGAUGAUCGCAGGUCGAGCAAGGGCGGAACGCGAACAGAGCGUGUAACAGAGCUUGAGCUUGGCAAGUUCCUAGGGCGAACUAACCAAUAGUUGCGUAUGCGCCGUUAACUUUUUUGUUGGAUCAGUUGCGAUCUCUGUGUUAGCAUGUAAACUUAUCAAAAUUAAUACUGUUAUUAAUUAUUAAAUCUUUGAAAUUGAAUAAUGUAAAAAUAUACAAAAAAAUUAAUAAUAGGUAUCAGCAUAUUAGAAUAUGGAAGAAAGAAGCCAAACACCCAACCACGCCUUUCACCUUUCAAAACAUUGACAGACAUAACCUUUUUUGUAAUAAAACAUAAACAUAAAUGCAACAAACAUAAUAAUUAUCAUCAAUUUAUUAUAUAAACAUAAUGUAAAAACACUUCACUUGAAUGGGCUACUUUUAUAAAUAAAUAAAACAAUAUUGAAACUUGAAGUACCCUUAAUUAUUUAAAUAAUAAAGAGUAAAUGUUCAGAAGUUUUUAUGAAUUGACUGAUCUAAUCUUAUCUGCUUUGAAAGUUCUAUUACUAACGGUAACAACCACGCUUAUUUUAAAUAAUAAAGGGUACUUUUAAGUUUCAAUAUUGUUUUAUCAAACAUAAUGUAUUAUUAUGAUACCCAGGUCAGGUUAUUAUAUCCCCUGGUCAGAAUAUUUUAUUUAGUUUUGUCACCCGAUUAGCUGGAUUGAACGUUUCGCAUUUGUGAGGUUAGGUUGUAGCGAAAUUAACAAUACGACAAGCGCGCGAUCAUCCUUCGAACAUAUUUCGAACCUCUAGCGAUCCCUUGCGUAACAUCUCGCGUAACGCUCAUGAUCGGAGCGAGUGCGGAGCGUGUUCGAGGCGCGUAUAUCUGUACGCACCUUAAGGAUUAGAUGUAAACUCUGAUGGACCGUAGGAAAGAGUCCUGAAGUCAGAUUAUAAAUUUGAUAGGCCAUAAACCUGGUCCCUGAACAUAACGAACACAACUAAAGAAAAAUCAUCAAAUUCGGUGCACAUAUAAAAAGUUAUUGAAUGUCGAAAUUUGAGGCUCGAUUUUUAUUUAUAAAGAUGAUGAAAUUUUAGAGCAUUUAACUAGCACAAAAUUCCUAGUUUUGGUGAUUGAUCAUGAACAUUUGUCAUGGUACAAGCAUGUUGAUCAUGUACUGAAAAAAUAUCACCAGGACUAUAUGCUAUUAGGCGUACGACCAAUUGAUGUGGGCUAAAUGCUCUGAAAGCAAUUUACUACGCAUUAGUUCAUUCCAAUACAGCGUACGGCAUGUGUAUCUAUGUAAGCACAUCCAAAAGAAACUUGGAGAAAAUAUUAGUUCAGCAGAAAAGAGCACUGAGAAUUAUCAUGAAUAUUAAAAGGAGGGACUCUGUAAAACAAAUUUUUUAUUUGGCAUAUUGACAGUCUAUGGGCAAUAUAAUUAUUUUUGACGCCAUAAUGUACUUCAAAAAAUCACUGAAAAGAGAAGUAGUAUUUCACAUGCAUAUAAUUCUAGAUCAGGAAGAAUCGUACAGAGACAUAAUUUAGAAUUUUUCAAAAUCAAGACAACUUUCAUGGGAGAUAAAUAUUUUAGCAUGCUGCCCCGAAAUUUAAUGUCCAUGGAGGAGUUGGCGAUUUUUAGAGCUAAGCUGAAGAAAUUUUUUCCAGAAAAAAAUCUGAAAAUUUUUUUCAGAUUUGAUUGAACAUUUUAAUUGAAAAUCUUUUUCAGAUUUAGUUGUGAUGAAUUUCUUAUUGACUGUUUUGUUUUUUUAUUAUAUAUGACGUUAUUCAAUGUAUCUGUUCAUUUGUUGAAUAAAAAAUAUUUGAAUUAAAUAGAAGAGUAACGGGAGAAGUGAGAGAGGGAAGUAGAAAGGCAGUAACCAAAAUCGAAAAUACUGUAGUGUAGGGGAUUCAAGUGUUCAUUAAUAUUAUAGUUACUAGCUUUAUGAUAGAAGUUAUGUUUAUAGAAAACAAGGACAUUUAUUUCACUUCAAAAAAUAUCUCUGCAAUUAUAGUUAAUAACUUAUACAAAUCCUCUGAAACACUAUGAUUGUUCUGAUGACUUUCUUGAAGAAGUCAAAUAGGUAUAAAAAAGCACCAAAUAUGCUAUUUGUGAACUAGUAAUUAUUGUUAAUUAUUACAAUUAGAAAUAAUUUCCUGGUAUGUAAAAUGAA